AGCUAUACCAGAACGAACAUAACCCCAGAAUGGACACGCACUGGGUGCUCGCUCUCGGCUCUCUCUUCCACCGGUGCGGUGCCUAACCCCUCCUCCUUUCUCUCCCCCAGAUGCGAACACCCCGCCGCCUCCUCCUCAUAACCCGCCGACCGCCGUGCCGCCUCUUCUCCCACCUUCUUCCGGCCCCUUCUCCCCUCCAGCCAAGCCCGAUUUCUCUCUCUGGUUUCCGUUGGGCCGGAGAAACUCCGCCAAGAUUGGGUGGGAUUUUCCGCUUAUUUUGGAGCCGGCGGUGUUGUCAUGUUUGAUUGAUGCUACUAUUAUUCGAUGGAGGGGGUAGGGAGAGAGCACGAUAGCUCCGUGGCGCUGCCCGUGGAGGAUUUCGUCGCCGCCAAGGAUACAACCAUACUAAGCACAAAGCCUACAAGGAGAUACCCCCUCGCGUCAUGGGUUGCCAUAUUGGCCCUGGCCACCCUUGUGGGUGUAUACAUAUUCUCCUUAUCUCUCAAGCAAAAUGGGAUGCUGUUCGGGCUCAGGCAGACCAACAUGAUAGAGAAAGAAAGGGAGCAGCCUUGCCACCACCCCGGAGUUCCAGAGACCGAGACCCCUUACGUGCACUUCCCCACACCCAAUACUUAUAGUAGGAAAGAAUGUGCGUGCACACCAGUUAGAUUCUUUGCUAUCUUGUCGAUGCAGAGGUCGGGGAGUGGAUGGUUUGAAACCUUGUUGAAUAGCCACGAGAAUAUUAGCUCCAAUGGGGAGAUUUUCUCUGUCAAAGACAGGCGUAGCAAUGUCACGGCCAUCACACAAACACUGGAUAAAUUGUACAAUCUGGACUGGGUCAGCAGUGCCGCUAAAAAUGAGUGCACGGCUGCUGUGGGGUUGAAAUGGAUGCUCAAUCAGGGUCUGAUGAAACAUCAUCAAGAGAUAGCUGAAUAUUUCAACCGAAGGGGUGUGUCUUUAAUUUUCCUUUUAAGAAGAAACCUUCUGCAGCGACAUGUCUCUAUAUUGGCAAAUGAUUAUGAUAGAAAUACGAAGCAACUAAAUGGAACUCACAAAGCUCAUGUGCAUCACAGAGGCCAGGCUGAUGUUCUUGCUCAGUAUAAGCCAACAAUAGACACAAAAUUGUUGAUUGCUGAACUGAAGAGGUCUGAUAAGUUGGCAGCUGAUGGUUUAGUGGGUUUCAAGAAGAUCCGGAGUAUUGUUCUGUACUAUGAGGAUGUGGUCAGCAAUCACACUAAGCUCACAGAUGUGCUGGAUUUUCUGAAAUUGCCAAAUAUGAAGCUAUCCAGUCGGCAUGUGAAAAUCCAUACUAAACGGUUGCGUGAUCAUAUUGAUAAUUGGACUGAUGUUUCUAAUACUUUGAAUGGGACUCAAUACCAGAGCUUCUUGAAUGGUUGAAGAUGACCAAAUUAGCUAGGUGUAAAUAAUGUUGUAGUGAGUUUCAUUCUUUUGACCCCUUCUUUCUCCCCUGCCAUAGCUAGCAGAGUAAGCCAAAGUUGGCACUUGUGUCCAUCAUGUGCUAAUCCAAAGGGCUCAUUUGGUUUCCAUUUGACGUCCUAACAUAUAUAUAAAUUAGCUGAUUAAAUUAA